GUGAUGUCUAAGCCUCGGGAAUUUGCACAUCUUAUUAAAAACAAAUUUGGUAGUGCUGAUAACAUUAAUUCAAUUUCCACAUCUAGAUCACAGCUGAUGGUGCAUCAGAAGAAAUCAGCAUCAAGAUCUCAGCUGAUGGUGCAUCAGAAGGCUAACCAGACUAAAAAUGAAGAAAGUGCAGAUGAGCCUGAACUUAAUAUUCACGGUAGUGCCCUUUCAACUCAUAGCACCAGAUACACAUCUGAUGAAGAAAAUUCUAGUAUUACAUCUGAUCCAGGACAACACCAGAAUGCUGGAGAUGCACAAGUUCAGCAUCAUACUGUUAGUCCUCAUCACCAUCCAACAUUACAGAGCUUGCCAUCUGCAAAUGAUUCCGUUACACUUCAGUCGGUGGGUCCUGCUGCUUUAGACUUAGAACCUAUUCUCCAAGAACUUAGAUCACAGCGUGAUGAAUAUCAGCAUUUAGUUGAAGAAAUUGAAUCUGUAAAGAGUCAAAUUCAGCAGGAAUCGACAUUCUUUAGCCAAGCUUUGCAAGACGAAAGAUAUCGAUAUGAACGUUUAGAGGAACAGAUGAAUGAUUUGAUUGAGCUUCAUCAAAAUGAAAUUGAAAAUUUAAAGCAAGGAAUUGCCGACAUGGAAGAGAAAGUACAAUACCAAAGUGAAGAAAGGUUAAGGGAUGUUCAUGAUGUUCUUGAAAAUUGCCAGACACGUAUUUCUCGUAUGGAGCACCAACAACAUCAGCAUCUUCAACAGUUGGUCACUUUAGAUGCAGUUGAAAACUCACAAGCUCGAGCACUUCUUCUGAAAUUAAUCAAUGUAGCACUGACAGUUCUCCAAGUCAUUUUGCUGCUUGUAGCUACUUUAUCAAACAUAAUAAUGCCUUUUUUGCGAACCAGGGUUCGAACUCUUACUACUUUAUUACUUGUUCUUGUGAUUGUCAUAAUAUGUCACCAGUGGCCUGAACUACUUGAACUCUGUCGUUCAAAAGCUGCUACAUUCAUACCACCUUUGGUGAAAUAAAAUUGUUACAUUUUUAAGAGAGAUUAAAAAAAAAAGCUUUCUUGUUUAAGAAACAGAAAUUGCUUUGAAAUAAUUGCAAAUGUGAAUUUUAGUGAGAAUGUAUAUAUAUGUGAUGUUUUAUAGUUGAUGUAUAUCAAGUUGUAUAAAGUGUAAAAAAGAAUAUAAUCACAAUUAUACUAAGCAAACUUGAUUUUUAUUUUUGAUUUAUUUUAUGGCUUAAUUGUUUCUAAUGUUAUAAACUGUCUUUCAGAAUUUAUGUUGGUACAAAUGUAUUCUUUUGUCUUGUUCUGCUUGUUGCAUUUUAUCUUAAUAUGAAUAUCUUGUAAGUAAAUGGCUCUUCUAUUCUUACUGAUGUGUGUUCUUUGAAUGAAGAGGAAUGUUGGGGGCAAAUAUUUGCAAAUAAAGCAUUUCUAGGGCUUGGACUCAGUAUUAAAUAAAAAAAGGUUCAAUUAUGACAAAUUUGCCAAAUUAGUCUUGCAUCUUACAUGUAAAAAUAAGUUACAGUAAGAUCAGCUUUUUAAAAUUUCAUUCUUGAAUUAAAAUGGUGAUUUAUAAUUGGUAGUUUUAUUAUAUAUUUUGUAUUUGAUAUAGUAGUGUUCUAUAUUUUCAGUGAACAUUUAUUCACAGGCACUAAGAAGAACACUUCUUUUAUAAAAUAUAUUCUUGGCAUCAGUGUUAGCUAGCUAAAAUUCAUCUAAAUCGUAUUUAUCUAAAAAAAGUUUGCUAGUUGAAAAGAGGGCUUAAUGUAAAUAUAUAUGUGAGCCAAAUGUGCACUUAGUGAGGUGUUUAACAUAAAUAAUUAUAUUAUAUAAUUUAUAUCUUGCUUGCCAAGUAAAAUAUUCAAUCAUUUUGUUCCUUAAAAUUGCAUUAAUUUGGUAAUAUAUGUUUACAAGUGACCAAGAAAUCUAUUUCUGACACCUAAUUUUCAGAGCAGUUUUAUACAUAAAUAAAGUUAUGGAUAUUUCAUGACAUCAGGAUUAAAAUUUCAGAAGUAUUGGUGGAAAAACAGAGCUUUACACCACCUUGUAUAUUUAAAUAAUUUUAUAUAUACGUUUAAUUUUUAUUAACAUAAUUUUAAUAUAAUUUCAUUAAUGGACUAAAAGAUGUAAGACUUUUCUUUGUUAAGGAGUAAAAAUGAGUUUCAUGAAUGAAAAAGUAUAAAACAUAAAAUAAUUUAAUGCAUGUGCACAGAAACAAUUUUAUAAAUUUAUGUGUAUUGAUAUAGCAAUACUAAAGCUCUGAUAUUUUUUCAGUUUCGGCAAUAAAUUUUCAGUAAAUUCAUUAGAAUAAUAUUUAUGUUUCAUAGUAAACAAUAGUUAUCUAUAUGCAUAAUUGGUGAAAUAAAUUUAUAAUUAUAUCAGCUUAGGAGCUGAAUAAACUUUACAACCAUUUAGUGAUUAUAGAAAUUAUGUAAAUAUCAUUUAAAGUUAUGUUUGAAUUAUUAUAAUCAUAUAAUUAAGUUUUUAUCUAAAAUAUUCUUUAUAAUUUAUUUCUAUGUUUACUUUUAUGCAUAAUUUUUCAUUUCAUGUAAAACGUAAUUUUGAUUAUUAUCAUAGAUAUUUCAUUUGAUAAUUUUGGACUAAAAUUAAUCUUAAGAAUAUAUCGUAAUUCAGUGGCAAAUUUAGUUGCAACAUAUUUUGUGUUUUGAAUUUCAACAUAUUUAAGUCUGAGCUUGAGGUUAAAUUCUAAACUUGAAAACUGUAAAUACAUUGUGUUGUUCAAAAGAUUUAAAUUUGUCACCAGUCACAUAUGCAAGUAUUGGUUUAAAAUUUUUUUUUCUGAAUUAAUAUUUUGCAGGCAGUAAGUCAUCUUAUAAAGAUUAGGGGUUUUUACCUGUAUAUAUUUAGCUAAUUUCUAUUAUAUGUGAUGUGUUUUAGGGCAAACCAAUAAAGAAGCUGAUUUAUUGUAAAACUGCAGUUAUUCAGUAGGUAGUAUUUAAUUCAUUAACAUUCAGAUUUGAAUAUAUUUUGAGUUUGAGAUAAGUAAUUUUAAAAUAUUGAGCUUAAGGGUAAAUACAGUCACCUAUCGUUAGGCUAGCAGAGCAAAGAAUUCUGUAGUUUUCUUCAUUUGGUGUUGAACUAGAUACUUCAGUAUCUAGGAAAGGAAAAGUGUUCUCUUUUGUGUUAUCUCCUUUUUUUUUUUUUUUUUUUUUUUUUUUUUUUUUCAAAGGCUAUUUAUGUUGUUCUUUUGCCACUCAAUAAUUUUUUUAAGUAAUACAUAUUCACUAAGUUUCAACCAUGCCAGUAUUUUUCUGUUUAGUAUUUUGAUAUAAACCAUUUAAAAUCAGUUUGAAUUUCUGUAUCUUUUAUGAAAUUACAUGAUUUCUUUAAAUGCUUCUGCAAAGAAAUUAUAUUUCUACACCUUUUUUGUAAUUUUUUUUUACACCCUAAUUUUCUGAAUUUUGUAUGAAGAUAUAAAUGUUGUAUUUGAUGUAUUAUACAAAUAAUUAGAAAUGUUUUUAGAUAUAUUUUCAACAAUUUACAGUAAAAAAUAGAAAAUAAUAUUAAAUUUUAAAUAUAUGCUUCCAUUUUUGUUAUUGAAUGAAAUGUAUUCCAUAAUAAUUCAUAAAUUUAAGAAUAAUUUUGAGCAAUUAAAUUAAUUAUUUUAGAUGGCUUAAGUUUGAAGAACAAAAUAAUUUAUGUACUAUAUGAAUAUUUGUUUUUUAAGUAAAAGUAAGCUAAUAUUGUGCUGUACAUUAAACAUCUUGUUUCAGCAACAUAAAUGUAUACUUCAUGUAUGCAGUUGCCAAGUGCUUGUAUUAAUUUUUUCCCAGAAUAUCAAUCUUUUAUCAUGUUUAGUUAUAUAUCAUUGUCUAUGGCAAAACUAUUAAGUUUUCAGGUAAUUGUAUUUUCUCUUAAAUUUAUUAAAUAAACCUAAAUUGAGAAAAUUUUUUAAUCAAAAAUAGAAUUUAAUGAGUCUCAUUUUAAUCAAAUGUUAAAUAUUGAUCCUUUAAUUAUUCUUUUGACUGCAUAUUACAUGAGUAUUAUUUUUAAUUGCAUAUAGUUUUGAAGUAAAUUUUAAUUGCUUGUUUGAAUUUGUGCAGUAAGUGUAAUGCUGUCUUUAAAAUCUUAUUAGCAAUUCAGAAUGAGUAUUUUUUUCCUGUUUUUAAAAAAUGUGCAGAGAAUCAAAAUGAUUCUGACUUUAGUAGAAGAAUUUUUACUUUUUUCAAUUGAGUAUUUUGUGAUUUUUAUCUUAUGACAGAAAGCUGAAUGUAUUUUUAUUGUGUAAUUGUAUAUUUUAUUUUGCUUCUGUAAGUUAUUAAAAAUAAAUUCUGAAAACUUUUUUUUAAGUAUUUAUGGUAUGUAGACGUGUUAGUUUAGCUAAACUUUGAGAGUGCUUUUUUUAAUCUUAAGGCUUUAAUUGCAGAAAUAUGUAUAACUUUUAGAAAAUGAAUAUAUUUUUAAAAAAAAAUUUCAGUUUGAUGAAUUAUCAGUAAUUUAUCUUUAAAAAGAAGGGGGGAAAAGUUAAGUUUCACUCUGUCUGAGUAAAGAAAUUGUCUAAAACCAGGCAGUAUUUCAGUAUUAAAAAAAAUUUCUCUUCAUAUGCACUGAAUAUUAUAAUACUUUGUUAAAAUCAAGAAGUCAACGUCAUUUAAGCAGCUGUAAAAUAAGAUGAUAAAAAGUCUUCAGAUUGCAUCAGGUGGUGGUUCAGUUAAUGUGUUACUUGUAAUAUUAUGUGUGGUUUAGUUAAUGUGUUACUUGUAAUAUAAGAAUAACUAGAUCAUUGAUGAUCUAGUUAUUCUUAUUCAUGUCAAACUGUCUGUAACACAAACUAAAUGCCAAGACAGAAAUCAAAUUUAAAUUUCCUAGUUUUCUUUUUAAAAACAGUACAUUCUAGUGCUAUUUAUAUAGCCAAACGUAUGGUGCUAUUUAUAUAGCCAAACGUAGCUUCUCCAUGAUUUAUUUUUAUUGAAAAAUAUUUUUCUAGUGUUGAAUUGUAUGACAAUACCCCCCCUUUUUUUUUUCUUUUCUUUCUUUAUAUAUAUAAAGAAAAUAGUUUAGGUAAUUUUUUUCUUUAGAAUUUUUAGUUUAUAUAUCUUGUUUUUCCUCAUUUUCCCAGUUAAUUUCAUUUUAAUCGUAUAGAUCUUUAUAAUUAAUCUACACUUUGUUUCCAAAUUAAUUAUUUUUUUAAUAUAUAUCUUUUACCGAGGACUGGUUGCACUUAGCAUGUGGAAAAUGAAAUGUUUGAGAAAAUAAUAUGUUUUAAAUCAUUAAAUGCUGAAAUCAAAAUAUUAACAUCAUAGCAGAUUUUACUAAUCCAAACAUUUCUACCAAUAAAAAGAAUAAUUUUCUAAUGAAAAAAUUAUUUCCAAUUAGUAAAAUUUGGCUUUUAUUUGACUAAAAUUUUGAUUAACAGAAAUUUUGGUUUCAAAUUUCAUCUUUUCACAUUAGUAUAAUAAUGCUCAUUUUGUGUAAUUUUACUUACAUUUUAUUAUGCAUUUGGUUAGAUUAUUUUUCAUUUGAAAGUUAGUGUCCUCUUUGUAUUAUAUUAAGAAGAUAAUGAAUGAACAUUAUUUUCACUUGAACAGAUAUUUAUAUAAAAAUGCUUAUAUUGUUAAAAUUCAAAGAAAAGCUUACCUUGUGCCUUUCAACAUUUUUUUGUCGAACAUUGUAUAUUUCAUUAAUAUUGUAAAUGAAAUGUUAAAAUACAAGAUAAAAUAUUUAUUAUCAUUGCUGUUAUUACUUUUAAGUGCAGAUAGAUCUCCUAUGGAAACAAGCUGAUUUGGAAUUCAGCUGGUUUGUCAGAAUUAUUUCUUAAAAAUUUUAUGAUCUGCGAACUGGUUGUCAAAUGUGAAUUGUAAUAUUUAUUUCAGCAUGUCAUUACAAAAACUUGCAUUUUUAUAAGAUUGUCAAAUUUGACAGUUCAUUGUGAACGGCCGUAGAAUAAAAGGAAUCUGUGUAUUGCAACGAGCAUGAAAAUUUUAUGCUGUGUAUUGUAGUUUAUUUUUAUUACUAUUAUCAAAUGUAUAUUUGUUUUUUAAUGUGCAAGCUGCAUAUUUGUAUGUAGGACCUAUGCAGAUAAAUUUAUAAGUACUGUAGUACUGUGAUGAGUACUGUAGGACCUAUACAGUUAAAUUUAUAAGUAAAUAUUUAAUAUUUAAAAUCAUCACUGGUUUAUACAGUUGUUUGUUAAAGUAAUUGAAUUGCAUGUGUAGUUGUGUUGAUAAGUUUAACUUUAUUUAAUACUGUCUGCUAAAUAAUUUUGUGGUGUACAUGCUAUACAACUGUAUAACACGUGGAGCACAAAAUCAUCAUGAUAUAAGGUAAUAGAAAACAACAUACUUAAACAUGCUAAUAGUUGUUCAUUAUGAAAAGAAGUAAGGAAAAAUCCCCCCUUAAAAUGCCUUUUUUAGAAAUUGCAUUCAUCCUUACAAACACAACCUAAUAUUAAAUAUCUCUCUUUCUGUUUAUGUACACAAAACUAAUUCAUUGUUUUUGUUUUAACUUUUACAUUAGAAAGAACAUUAUACAGCAGUACUUUACAUAGUCCUGAUUCACUAUAGUUUGGUUUGAAAAUGUCAAAACAAACAAAAUUUUAACUGAACAAAAUCAAAAUUAAUUAAAAAAAAAUUGUGUACAAAAUAGCUUUUAAUACAUAAAGAAUAAGUUUUUUUCCUUCUUCCCCCCCCCUCUUUUUUGCAGUUAUAUUUUAUGAAAUGGUAUUGCUACAUAUUUGAGUUUUUUCUUGGUUGCCCCAUUGUAUAAAAAUGGCCAUAAGUACCUAUGCUUGAGCUGGUCGCUUUUGAGCCCUGGAGCUGUCUCUGGAGAAAGUGAGGAGAGACUGAUGAGGCAUAUACCAUGAUUUAUCUCAGUUUGGAAAGAGUAACUACAACUGUCAGAAAUCAGGGUCUUAAGCAUGAUGUAUGUGAAAGAUGCGACUCUGUCAAUUCAGUGUGAUAUCAGCAGCUGUCCUUAAUGCGUAAGCUAUGUAGCAUGGUUAACAGUAAAUGUUUCUCAUUGUUAAUGUGGAUUUAAUUUUCAUGAGCUUUCCUUGCCCAUAUCUGUAGUAAAGUCCAUUUGUGAUAAUUAAAUUUUAAUACCAAUUUAAGACGAUAAUAAUGUGUAGUUCUUCUGUCUGUGAGAAAUGUAAAAGAAAUUUUGGAAGUUACAACUUCGGAAACCUUAUCAAAAAUAUAGGCAAAAUAUUGUAGGAAGUAUUGAAGCAUACCAUACCAUAUCAUAAAACUGAUUUCAUUUAUUUUGAAACUCAUUUUGCUGAAGUUACUUAUCAGACAGUGGGAUUGCACAUCAUCUUGGUUUCAAUGACUUAGAUUCUGUUAACUGAGUGCAUCAAAUCAGUGCAAAUCAUCAUUAAACAGUGUAAUUUCAUUCCUAUUAAUACAUGUAUGAAGAGAAAGAAAAGGUAAGGAUGUGCAAACAUCAGUAUUACAGUUUCUAAAAAAUAAAGAAAGAAUUAUGAAAAA